GAAUCAUCAGACUUGAUUCGAGAAGAUCCUGGUAACGAAGUGGCUAUGAAUUCUAAAUUAAAAUUAUGUUCGAAAUUCAAUUCGAAGUUUUUUAUUUAUUAUUUACAAGCUGAGAGUCUUUAAAAAUGCAAGUUUAUGCAGGUAAGGCCAGUUUUAAAAUCAUUUACACAUUUCUGUUUUGUUUUGUUUUUAUGUUUGUUUUCUUUAGAAUUUUUUUGCCCUUUGCUUUCACCAACGAUUACACAAAACAUCUUCAUGUAGAAGUACAAGCAAAUAUAUAAUGGCCCUCCCACUUUAAAGCUAUCACAAAAGUUCCCAGAUUUUCUUCCUCUUUACACUUUUGAACUAUUGACACCUUGGAACGGGUUUGCAGCGGGAGAUUAUAUAACCACCUGUACAUCUACGUGUUUGUUGUUGUUAUUUUGUAGAAAUUAAAGUACCUGUGACAGAGAGUGUUCGUUCAUAAACUGACGGCACGUGUAGCUAAGGUCGAAAAUUACGGCUCGUGGCACAAGACUUUUCUGCAGACAUACAUAGCUAUACCGAAAGCAUCAUGGAUCAUUCAAUUUAUAUAUAUGGAAUGAAGUUUCCUAACCGCCUAUUUGUUGGAGGAUUAUCGAAAUUUGCGGAGGCUAAAGAAUUAGCUGACUUCUUUGAAUUUUUUGGAACUGUAAUUGAUGCAAAGAUUAUUAUGAAUAAGCACGGUGCUUCGAAGGGAUAUGGUUUCGUUACAUUCAGUGGAAAAACGGACGUCGAAAAUGUGAUCAAACAAGGACAACUAUUUUUUCAGGGAAAGAAAUUAAAUAUCGGACCCGCAGUUAGAAAACAGGUAUUUAAUAAUUCCUUGCCAUGGUGUGGAAUCAAAGUGUUCAUAUUUUUGCGCGAAACAGGAGCUGUUAAAACACCGAUAAAUAACUUUGUUUUAGACACCUGAUGCUCCAGGGGAAACUGUGGUUGUAGUUCAGCAUCCGAUCCCCUCAAGCGCGCAUUCCGUGACGAAGAAUGAACAACCGAGUCCGCCUCCUACUUUUUCGCCAAUACAACCUCAAAUGUUUUUUAAUAAUCCGCCCGUUGUUUACCGCCCACCAUUCUACGGUUACCAUUAUUAACUUUUGUCGAUUUCCAUAGAGAAACUUGUGCACGUGAUGUUAAUACAUGUCAGCUAAUUAACCCACAUUGUUCAACCUGUGUACAAUGUUUUUGAGAUAUAUUUUUUCGUAGGCUAGAAAAUAAUUAUUUUGUAAUAAAGUUUUAUAUCCGAUUUUUACUUGUCGUAUUUUGUAAAAAUGUUGUAGUUAUUAGUCGUUUCUCAAAACUACUUGUCCCCAGAGCUCUUUGAAUCUCAAAGAGCUCUGGGGACGAGAAUGUUUUGUAGCUUUUUCUAACGCCAGACACAGAAAGAGGACCCCAUUUUUUUAACGGUCUUGUAUAUUGUCAUCUGUUGUAGUUUUAACUUUUUAUACGUGAUAUUCGAUGUAGACUUAAAUAAAAUAAUAAAAAUUUAUCAUACCUCAAGACUUCUUACUCCCCUGUACUGCCC